CUUUUUUUUUCUUGGUGGAAUUGAAUAUGCCGUCAUUCUGCCAACAUUAUGGUUGUACCUGUACGAAGUUUUCAACAAACCUUCAUAUUACCUCGGUAUUGUGUUGUCUGUUUUUUCAAUGGCUGACCUUCUUUCAAGUCCCAUCUUUGGCAAAAUCUCUGAUGUGACAGGGCACACAAAAUGGUUGUUGGUUUUCUCCAAUCUGCUUCAGAUCACAGGCAGCUUCAUCUACAUCAUUAACAUAGGGCCUGAGUUUUUGAUCAUCAGCCGUUUGAUCACUGGAUUUGGAUCAGGUGUUUCAACUUCCUUGAUGGCAGACCUAGCUAGGACAACAUCAAAUGACCAGAGGACAUCCACCUUUGCAUCAUUCAUGGCUCUUAGGCAGUUUGGUCUAGUCAUAGGGCCAGGAUGCAACCUGUUUUUGGCUUAUUUUGAUUUCACAUUUCUCUCAUUCCCCAUCAACAAAUAUACAUCUCCAGGGUUUUUUUUGAUGGUUCUGUGGUGCCUACAUGAGCUCCUUGCAUUAUUUUGCUUCUGGAACCUGCCAAAGAUCUACCUAGCUGAACAUUUAGAGCAGCAGCAGCAACAACUUCACGAAGAAUCAGAGGCUGCUAAUCUUCAGCUUUCCUUCGAUGCUACUAGCCCACAUUCCUUUGAUGAACUGACGCCAAGUAGUGCAGGUUGUGUUGAAUCACUUCGUUCUUACCACAGCCUGGUUAGAGAUGGUGUUGGUAGUGGUCACGAGGAGGAAGAAGAUGACGACGUCGUUGGAGCUGGCGCUGUUGGAAGCGUUGUUGCAAGUGGUGUUGUUAAGAAAACUGAAAUGAUUAAUCCAACUGCAAAUGACUGUGAUGAUUUACAAAAUUGUUUCAAUGAAUGUUUACAAAAGUUGACUAGUAAAAACGUUGGUAGUCAGCAGCAACCGAAUGUCUUCAAGUCCCAAGGAAGAAGUGUCCAACAACAGAAUGUCUCAUCUGAUAACAUUCCAUCAACGAGCGAUAGUAAUCCUUUCAAGGACCAUAUGUACUAUCGUUGUAAGAGGAUGCUCAACGCACCUGUUGUUGGUGCGGCUGAAGAAGCUGCUUCGAAUGCGAGCAAGUCACGAGAAGAACCAGCAAAAAGAUUUAAAUCUAACGACAAUAAUAAUUCCUCAAUUUACUCUGAUAUAAUAAGCAACUCUUUGCUCGUAAAAUAUUGGGGAAAUAAGUAUCUAGGCAACUUUGAAAAUAUUAAAUCUCCAAACAAUACUGAUUCGAAGAAACUCUUCCCACACUACAGCCGUCGUUCUAUUGUAGCAAGCAAAAGUGCACCACAGCUUGCUGAUAACAACGAAAAACCAAAAAAUUUGAAACGUAGGAAGAGAUUGGUACGCGUGAAUGUGCACAUGAUAAACGAACGUGGAUGUCAGAAUAUGCCAUCCAAACUUCUUCCUGGGUGCUCACAAAUUGCUGGCCACGAAGAUGAUGCUGAAGGUGAUGGUAGUUCAAUUUUUGCUACUGGAAAUAUUUGUGAUAAUAAAAUUGCUGUCGUCGACGACAAUGACAGCAACAAGAAUGAUUAUGACAGCAACAAGUGUGAUGAUGACAGCAACACUAACGGCGGCAGCAGUACUUCUUUUGUUGGCAAGUGCAUGAAUAACGAACUUACUAACAUCAAUCAAAUUAAUGUUAUUCCUGCUAACAUUGAUCUUAAUGUAAGCAACAAUAACAAAAUAUAUAGCAAUAGAAGAAAUGACAAUAAUAGCAAUAAUAAUAGUAGCACUAGUAAUAAAAAUAUUUUUGCCAAAAAUUACCCAAAAAAGAAUAAAAAUAAUAACAAAGCCAAACAGAUAGCGGAUGAUUCAUCAAGCAUUUCUGAAACGAACGACUUGAUGGAGAUAGCUGAGCAGUUGAUCAUACAAAACAACGAAUUAACAUCGCCUAUAUUUGCGAAUGAUAUCUUAAUGAAUAGAGAUAGCUUUAUCUAUGAAAACAACUCUGGCAAUACUUCUAAUCCCAUUCCGUACAUUUCCACUAAAAUAAGAUCCAGAUCGGUUGGGAAUUAUAUGUUUGUACUGUCUAAUGAGUACGUGAGGGAUUAUGAUGAUAUAGAUGAGGAGGAGGAGGAGGAUGAUCAGGACAAUCCGUGCUUUAUUUCAAGUCGGAAUCCGGAUUAUGUGGCUAAUCAUUAUAGACCCGUCCGCCUUCGCAAUCGUAAACGUUUAAAUCAGGAUCAUCAUCAUCAUCAUGGUGAUCAUUUUCAUCAUCAUAGUGAUCAUCAUCGUCGUCGUCGUCAUCAUCAUCGUGACCUCCAACAUUUAAGUAGAUGUUCUCAUAAUACCAGAUGCAUGGCGAACGGAAUUGACAGCGACUUGGGAGUUAGGGAUGCAAUCAGGAAUGCAGUUAAUACAGGUGGAAAUAUGAACAGAAGAACUUUUAAAAAAAAUCAAUUAAAAAUUAAUUCAAAUUUGAGUAAACAUUCAGUUGGUCAAAACAACGCUAACAAUUGUGAUAGUACUAUUAAUAGCACGGACAACAGUAACAUUAACAACAACGCCAGUAGCAACACAAACGAUGAUUCAGCAACUGCACCGGAUGUGCUCUGUGUCGCGCCGAGAAAAAGCCGAGUUAGACCGAAUGACCAAGAUAGAGAAAAAUAUGUUGAACUGGCCAGUAAUGUUAUUCACGAAGAUUUACAGUCAAUGAACACCUGCAGGGAAUUAUUUACAAAUGAAAUAGUUGCGUUAUUCUUCCUUAUGUUUGUCAGCUUUUUCAACCAGCUUGCCUUAGAGACAUUUGUAACGCCGAUGACCAAAGAAUAUUUAGACUGGGGUGAAAAAGAAAAUAGUUUACUCCUAUUCGCGGCUGGAAUCGAGAUCAUAUUAGUUUUCCUCCUCUUGAGACCACUGAGUAGAAAGAUAGACGACAGAUGGUUUAUACUGGCUGGCUCAAUAAUUCAACUGUUUUCCCUUGUCUUCCUCGUUAUAUACGUGCACUUGGCUGAUCGAAUUUCGACUCACGAGUUGAAGUUGGUGUUGUUCCUUCUCAUCGUGUCCGUCAACGUCGUCAGUCUUCCACUGCUGAUGCUGUGCAGCAAUUCCCUCUUCACCAAGUUGAUUCCCAUGUCCAUACAAGGAUUUGCUCAGGGCAUUCGGAAGAUGUUCGCGGGUGCCGGGACGAUUCUUGGACCACUCUGGACUGGAGGAAUGAUGGAAAGAUCAUUUUACAUGUUCAUCAUCAUGAUCGCCAUCAACUGCUUCGCUCUGGCUCUACUCUUCGCAACGUUCUAUAAACUCAGUUCAGCGUACUUCAUACCUCUGCAGCUAAGAAGGCAUCGCGCGCAGCAAGUAAACAUCUCUUCAUCACUCACAUCCUCAUCUUCAUCGUCAGCGUCGUCCUUUUCAUCAUCAUCUACAUCGAUGUCAUUAAUAUCAGCGCUGCCGUCGUCACUGCCUACAUGUUCGCUGGAAGUUCCAGCUCCUGUUCAUAAUCAUGUUCAUACUACUCUUCGUUGUAAUGCUAACGAUGAUGAUAAUGGAAAAGAUGAUGAUGAAGCGGAAGAUGAUCAAUCAUUCUCACGCAUACCAGAUAAACUUACAGAGUUCAGAUAA